AUGCCAGUCCCCGUCCCUACCCGACAACCGGCGCACCAGGUCCAUAAGUACCCCCAAACUGAAGACGCUUCAAAGUCUCAUUCUUCCGUUUUCCAUAAUCUGAAGCACACUUUGCCUGUCUCCCCGACGGGUCCGCCACCAUCUUUUGGCAGUCGUGAUCAGUGGAUCAAUUCCCUGCCUUCUUGGAGGAGGACCAAAACUCGCCGCAUAUGGGAGGACGACGCGCGUUCCACUUCUGAAGAACAAAGAGAACGGGGUUUUUACCAAGGGUUGACUAGUACGGCCGACGUGCAAGUCAGUAAAGGAAAUCAUGCGGAAGCAUGUCUUCCGCCCCUGAACACCUUCCUCCAAAAAUGUGCCUUGAACACAUCACAGAGUGACGUUGACCACCCAAUGCAUGCUGAGCACAAGACCUCUACAUAUACUCCCGCCUGGGGUACCGAGAGCUACGACAGUCCGGACAAUGCCUCUACGCACGACUACGUAUGGCCUCGUCCUAUCGGUCCCAUGACUCCUUUUGCAGAGUACGUGGACCGUGUAAUCACCACAUCUGACGGAACAACGGUAUCCGACCCAAUGCCGCUCAGACAAGAUAAUUCAUAUCAAUGUGGACUCCAUUCCUACAAUUUGCUGGACUAUCAGUACGCAGAUCAGAUCAAACAAGAGUCAGUCGAUUCUGCGCCAUCCGCGUCAACGAAAUACAAGAUGUUUGCGGAGCCAAUGGCGGACUGGAUCGUGUCAUAUGUUUGGAAAGUUUGCAAGAAUUCAAUCACUCUUCCUCCCGCAGUAUCUCGCUACACUCCUUCCAUGAGCGGGCAGCAGCCAGCCCCUACAGCUCCAAUGCACUUGUCUGCCUCAGUUCACGCUCUUCUAAUGUCGACACUGCUACAACCAUCUGCCGUGUUACUUGCUAUGUGGUACAUCGCUCGAUUACCAGUAUACUUUAGCGGGGCCACUUCAGGGUUGGGGGUAAAAGAACGGAGAUUUACUGCUGAACUGCUUGAUACAACUGGGGGAAUUGAUGGGAAAACGUUGGAGGCCAAUGCCACGUUCCGACUCAUCGUCCUUGGAUUCAUGCUGGCGAACAAGUGGCUUGAUGACCAUACCUUCUCCAACAAGACAUGGCACACCAUCUGCAAACUUCCUGUCCACUCGCUAAAUAAACUCGAGUCGCUCGCCCUGGAUAUCCUUUCCCAUGACCUGACAAUAUCACCCGCUGUUUGGCGCCAGUGGCUGGGGCAUUUAUUCUCGUAUCAUGUCUCGCUCUCGCCUCCUCCAUACGCCCAACCGAUUUCUCGUCCCUCUUCGAAUCCUCAAUCAAUCGUUCGGAAAGUCAUUGAAGAAAUCAUGGAAGCACCUCUCACGCAUCCUAGCUCGGAGCCCGUCUUUCUCAGCUUUGAGCAGAGGAGCAAGACACAACUCAAUGGGGCAGAAACGUGCGCUGACCCUUCUCACGAAGCCUAUGACAUCGAUCUCGAUGAGGAUGGGCCGCUUCGCGACGAGUAUUUGCCAAGGCGUCGCGUGAGCAAUGGCAGUGCGACAAGCCGACGUAGUUCAGAGUUGGCUUCAAGGGUUGAGGUUGAGCGAAGAGAGGUCCGCGAGUCCGCGACCAGCCAAAAUUGGAAUGCGCUUCCCCCUCCGUCCAAAUGGAGUCCGGCAGCUGAUGAGCCCAUCCGCCGUGCUAGUGACCGUCCUGCGUUAUACAUGCCAGUUCAGCCGCCAGCAGUAUGUUGGGCGCCUGCUGUUACUUAUGUACCUGUCAAAAUUGCUCCGGAUUAUUCGACUGCCCCAUAUUCCAAACCAGCAGCUGUGUCCAACGGUUACUGUUACUCACAGUCUGUCCUCGCUCAACAGCCCUCACAGCCACAUUGUGACGCUGAUGCAUUUUCCCCGCCUAAUUCUGGCUACUCGUAUCAAAUCGGCUUUGACUACCAGUGUAGUCACGUUCGCAUGUCAUUCGAUGGAACAGGUUACCCCUCUCAACCAAUAGCAAAUUCCAAUUGGCCCUCUGCUGAGGCAUAUGGAUUCCCCGCACCUCGAGUCCUCUUUGGCCCCCAUCCACCUAUCAAUUACCAGUCGUCCUGGGUCCGUGCUUGA